UAAGGUCUACACCUGUUGUAUUUGAUUUCUGUUUUUGCUAGCACUGCCUCCGCAUAUGGCGGCUAUUUUGAAGGUUUUACUUGCAAUUAUUGUGAUAUGUAGUUGUUUGCACUGAUUGUAAGUGCAUCUGCUAAAUGACUGAAAUGUAAAUGAACAAGUGGCAAGUUUAGUUCCAGGAAGAAGACCACUUCAAAGUAAUGAGAUUUCAGCCUGUAGGUCAAUACUGUUGGCAUUGAAAUAAACCAAAAUAACUAAGGUCAGCCAGUGCCUUGGCAAGGAGGAGGGGACAGGAGGGAGAGGGCAGGGUAGAGGCUGAGCGUACUGUAUUUAAGGAAUGGGGGAAUUGAUGAUCGAGGUGUUUUGUUUUAUGCUGGACAGAAGAUGAAGUGGUGUGUUGUUCUCCUGCUGGCCUUGCUGCAGUCUUUGUGCUGCUCAGGUAAGUGAUAUACAAUCCUUUCUGGUGUAGAACUCAACUUUGCAGCUGCCUCUGAUAGUGCUUCUAUACAUGCCUCAUUCUAUUUACUGUAAGUCGCUUUGGAUAAAAGCGUCUGCUAAAUGGCUUAUUUAUUUGAUUUGUCAUUUGCGUCAGGGUCAGGUGAAGUCUGGGUUGUGUUCAUUGGGCACCAAACUGAAGAAAACAGGAAAAUGGGGAUGAAUAAGAAAUGCUUAUUUUUGGUUGUUGUUGCAAAACUGUUUGCUACGGUGAGCCCUAAUGAACACGACCCAGUUCAAGGUUUUAUAUUAAUCAAUGACAAAAAAUAAUCAUUCACAAUGCUGACAACAGGGACCCAGGACAAUAUUACCUCCCAAAUACCCCUGAUGUGAAAUGUACUGUAUGUGUGCUCAGAGUCUCCUCUGUUACCUUUGACCUCUGCAGGCUUGCCCCUGUACCAGUCAGAGCUGGCGUCCAUGGCAGACAAGGCUCUUGUCGUGACCAUGACCCAAGUCAACAAUCUGUACGCUGGCCUUCGUCUAUACCGAGUCACCCGUGGCUCUGUCAAAAGGGUAGGUGUCUUCUCACCCCUAACCUCAUAGUGGAAUGGCUACAUUUACAGUGCCUUCAGAAAGUAUUCAUACCCCUUGACUUAUUCCACAUUUUCUUGUGUUACAGCCUGAAUUUAAAAUUGAUUAAAUAUACUUUUUUUCUCAACCAUCUACACAAUACCCCAUAAUGACAAAGUGAAAACAUGUUUUUAGAAAUGUAUUGAAAAUGAAAUAAAGCAACUGAGUUAGGAAGGACGCCUAUAUAUUUAGUGACUGGGUGUAUUGAUACACCAAAGUAUAAUGAAUAACUUCACCAUGCUCAAAGUGAUAUUCAAUGUCUGUUCUUGUUUUUUUACUCAUCUACCAAUAGGUGCUCUUCUUUGCGAGGCAUUGGACAAUCUCCCUGGUCUUUGUGGUUGAAAUUCACUGCUCGACUGAGGGACCUUACAGAUAAUUGUAUGUGAAGGGGGAAAGAUAGUCAAACACUUAUUGCACACAGUCAAUUCAACUUAUUAUGUGACUUGUUAAGCAAAUUAUUACUCCUGAACUUAUUUAGGCUUGCCAUAAGAAAGGGGUUGAAUACUUUUCAGAUUUUCAUUUUUAAUUCAUUUCUAAAAAUGUCUAAAAACAUUCCAUUUUGACAUUAUGUGGUAUUUUGUGUAGGCCAGUGACACAAAAUCUCAAUGUAAUAUAUUUUAAAUUCAACAAAAUGUGGUAAAGGGGUCUAUUCAAUCCACAUUGCGGGAGUUCAGCCAUGAAAUUUAAGGGCAAUGUUCCUGCUUUAGUGGUAAACACUGCAUAUGUCAGCUCAAUCAGAAAUUACCUUGACAUUAAUACAAUUUAUUUAUGGUACUUUUUCUCCCUGCCUCAUGGGUCUCCCGGUCACAGUUGGCUAGGACACAGCCUGGGAUCGAACCUGGGUCUGUAGUGAUGCAGUGCCUUAGACUGCUGCGCCACUCGGGAGGCCUUACCUUGACAUUUCUAUCGCGGAAUCUGUAACACUUCAGCUUUACAGCUUUACAUUUUCCUACUAUAGGAAAGUACUAUUUCUCAAAAAUGUUGUGCACAACUUUGUUUACAUCCCUGUUAGUGAGCAUUUCUCCUUUGCCAAGAUAAUUCAUCCACCUGACAGGUGUGGCAUAUCAAGAAGCUGAUUAAACAGCAUGAUCAUUACUCAGGUGCACCUUGUUCUGGGGACAAUAAAAGGCCAUUCUAAAAUGUGCAGUUUUGUCACCAACACAAUGUCAGAUGUCUCAAGUUUUGAGGGAGCGUGCAAUCGGCAUGCUGACUGCAGGAACGUCCACCAGAGCUGUUGCCAGAGAAUUGAAUGUUCAUAAGCCGCCUCCAACAUCGUUUUACAGAAUUUUGCAGUAUGUCCAAGCGGCCUCACAACCGCAGACCACGUGUAUGGUGUCGUGUGGGUGAGCGGUUUGCUGAUGUCAACGUUGUGAGUGUCCCAUGCUGGCGGUGGGGUUAUGGUAUGGGCAGGCAUAAGCUACGGACAACGAACACAAUUGCAUCUUAUCAAUGGCAAUUUAAAUGCAGAUAUACCAUGACGAGAUCCUGAGACCCAUUGUUGUGCCAGUCAUCUACCGCCAUCACCUCAUGUUUCAGCAUGAUAAUGCUAAGCCCCAUGUUGCAAGGAUCUGUACAAUUCCUGGAAGCUGAAAAUGUCCCAGUUCUUCCAUGGCCUGCACACUCACCAGACAUGUCACCCAUUGAGAAUGUUUGGGAUGCUCUGGAUCGACGUGUACGACAGCGUGUUCCAGUUCCCGCCAAUAUCCAGCAACUUCGCACAGCCAUUAAAGAGGAGUGGGACAACAUUCCACAGACCUCAAUUAACAGCCUGAUCAACUCUAUGCGAAGGAGACGUCGCGCUGCAUGAGGAAAAUGUGGUCACACUAGAUACUGACUGUUUUCUGAUAUUUGCGACCAAUAGAUGGAUAUCUGUAUUCCCAGUCAUGAAAUCCAUAGAUUAGCGCCUCAUUUAUUUAUUUAAAUUGACUGAUUUCCUUUAUGAAUGGUAACUCAGUAAAAUCUUUGAAAUUGUUGCAUGUUGCGUUUUAGAUUUUUGUUCAGUAUACAUUAACAAGUCUAUCUAGCCUACCAAUUCCCUCACAUGUACACACCUCCCUGAAUGGCCUCACAGGCACCAUCCCACUUCUGACACCAAUGUAGCAAAUCAAACUUUCUAAACUCUGCUCACUUGGGGAAGAUCGUAGCAAGCAUACAGUGGGGAAAAAAAGUAUUUAGUCAGCCACCAAUUGUGCAAGUUCUCCCACUUAAAAAGAUGAGAGAGGCCUGUAAUUUUCAUCAUAGGUACACGUCAACUAUGACAGACAAAAUGAGAAAAGAAAAUACAGAAGAUCACAUUGUAGGAUCUUUAAUGAAUUUAUUUGCAAAUUAUGGUGGAAAAUAAGUAUUUGGUCACCUACAAACAAGCAGGAUUUCUGGCUCUCACAGACCUGUAACUUCUUCUUUAAGAAGCUCCUCUGUCCUCCAGUCGUUACCUGUAUUAAUGGCACCUGUUUGAACUUGUUAUCAGUAUAAAAGACACCUGUCCACAACCUCAAACAGUCACACUCCAAACUCCACUAUGGCCAAGACCAAAGAGCUGUCAAAGGACACCAGGAACAAAAUUGUAGACCUGGCACCAGGCUGGGAAGACUGAAUCUGCAAUAGGUAAGCAGCUUGGUUUGAAGAAAUCAACUGUGGGAGCAAUUAUUAGGAAAUGGAAGACAUACAAGACCACUGAUAAUCUCCCUCGAUCUGGGGCUCCACGCAAAAUCUCACCCCGUGGGGUCAAAAUGAUCACAAGAACGGUGAGCAAAAAUCCCAGAACCACACGGGGGGACCUAGUGAAUGACCUGCAGAGAGCUGGGACCAAAGUAACAAAGCCUACCAUCAGUAACACACUACGCCGCCAGGGACUCAAAUCCUGCAAUGCCAGACGUGUCCCCCUGCUUAAGCCAGUACAUUUAAGUUUGCUAGAGUGCAUUGGGAUGAUCCAGAAGAGGAUUGGGAGAAUGUCAUAUGGUCAGAUGAAACCAAAAUAGAACUAUUUGGUAAAAACUCAACUCAUCGUGUUUGGAGGACAUAGAAUGCUGAGUUGCAUCCAAAGAACACCAUACCUACUGUGAAGCAUGGGGGUGGAAACAUCAUGCUUUGGGGCUGUUUUUCUGCAAAGGGACCAGGACGACUGAUCCGUGUAAAGGAAAGAAUGAAUGGGGCCAUGUAUCGUGAGAUUUUGAGUGAAAACCUCCUUCCAUCAGCAAGGGCAUUGAAGAUGAAACGUGGCUGGGUCUUUCAGCAUGACAAUGAUCCCAAACACACCGCCCGGGCAACAAAGGAGUGGCUUCGUAAGAAGCAUUUCAAGGUCCUGGAGUGGCCUUGCCAGUCUCCAGAUCUCAACCCCAUAGAAAAUCUUUGGAGGGAGUUGAAAGUCCGUGUUGCCCAGCGACAGCCCCAAAACAUCACUGCUCUAGAGGAGAUCUGCAUGGAGGAAUGGGCCAAAAUACCAGCAACAGUGUGUGAAAACCUUGUGAAGACUUACAGAAAACGUUUGACCUGUGUCAUUGCCAACAAAGGGUAUAUAACAAAGUAUUGAGAAACUUUUGUUAUUGACCAAAUACUUAUUUUCCACCAUAAUAUGCAAAUAAAUUCAUAAAAAAUCCUACAAUGUGAUUUUCUGGAUUUUUUUUCCUCAUUUUGUCUGUCAUAGUUGACGUGUACCUAUGAUGAAAAUUACAGGCCUCUCUCAUCUUUUUAAGUGGGAGAACUUGCACAAUUGGUGGCUGACUAAAUACUUUUUUUCCCCACUGUACCUAGGUAUGGGUCGUUACAUUACUGUUUUUUUUUCAUAAACGUCAUCACAUACAGUGGGGAGAACAAGUAUUUGAUACACUGCCGAUUUUGCAGGUUUCCCUACUUACAAAGCAUGUAGAGGUCUGUAAUUUUUAUCAUAGGUACACUUCAACUGUGAGACACGGAAUCUAAAAUCACAUUGUAUGAUUUUUAAGUAAUGAAUUAGCAUUUUAUUGCAUGACAUAAGUAUUUGAUACAUCAGAAAAGCAGAACUUAAUAUUUGGUACAGAAACCUUUGUUUGCAAUUACAGAGAUCAUACGUUUCCUGUAGGUCUUGACCAGGUUUCCCUCCAAAUAUUUUCUAUUGGGUUCAGGUCUGGAGACUGGCUAGGCCACUCCAGGACCUUGAGAUGCUUCUUACGGAGCCACUCCUUAGUUGCCCUGGCUGUGUGUUUCGGGUCAUUGUCAUGCUGGAAGACCCAGCCACGACCCAUCUUCAAUGCUCUUACUGAGGGAAGGAGGUUGUUGGCCAAGAUCUCGCGAUACAUGGCCUCAUCCAUCCUCCCCUCAAUACGGUGCAGUCGUCCUGUCCCCUUUGCAGAAAAGCAUCCCCAAAGAAUGAUGUUUCCACCUCCAUGCUUCACGGUUGGGAUGGUGUUCUUGGGGUUGUACUCAUCCUUCUUCUUCCUCCAAACACGGCGAGUGGAGUUUAGACCAAAAAGCUAUAUUUUUGUCUCAUCAGACCACAUGACCUUCUCCCAUUCCUCCUCUGGAUCAUCCAGAUGGUCAUUGGCAAACUUCAGAUGGGCCUGGACAUGCGCUGGCUUGAGCAGGGGGACCUUGCAUGCGCUGCAGGAUUUUAAUCCAUGACGGCGUAGUGUGUUACUAAUGGUUUUCUUUGAGACCGUGGUCCCAGCUCUCUUCAGGUCAUUGACCAGGUCCUGCCGUGUAAUUCUGGGCUGAUCCCUCACCUUCCUCAUGAUCAUUGAUGCCCCACGAGGUGAGAUCUUGCAUGGAGCCCCAGACCGAGAGUGAUUGACCGUCAUCUUGAACUUCUUCCAUUUUCUAAUAAUUGCGCCAACAGUUGUUGCCUUUUCACCAAGCUGCUUGCCUAUUGUCCUGUAGCCCAUCCCAGCCUUGUGCAGGUCUACAAUUUUAUCCCUGAUGUCCUUACACAGCUCUCUGGUCUUGGCCAUUGUGGAGAGGUUGGAGUCUGUUUGAUUGAGUGUGUGGACAGGUGUCUUUUAUACAGGUAACGAGUUCAAACAGGUGCAGUUAAUACAGGUAAUGAGUGGAGAACAGGAGGGCUUCUUAAAGAAAAACUAACAGGUCUGUGAGAGCCGGAAUUCUUACUGGUUGGUAGGUGAUCAAAUACUUAUGUCAUGCAAUAAAAUGCAAAUUAAUUACUUAAAUCAUUCAAUGUGAUUUUCUGGAUUUUUGUUUUAGAUUCCGUCUCUCACAGUUGAAGUGUACCUAUGAUAAAAAUUACAGACCUCUACAUGCUUUGUAAGUAGGAAAACCUGCAAAAUCGGCAGUGUAUCAAAUACUUGUUCUCCCCAAAUACGGAAGACACAUUUCAGUUGAAUGCAUUCAGAUGUACAACUGACUAGGUAUCCCCUUUUCCCUUACCCUUAAUGUUUCUUGUCUUCCAGGUUGUUCCUAUAGGAUUGAACACAUAUGACCUGAUGAUGAACUUUGGGAUAAAGGAGACAGACUGUCUGAAGAGCUCUGGAGAAGACCCACAGAGAUGUGCUUUCAGACUGGGCUUCUUUGUGGUGAGACCCAAUCCUAGCAAUCUAUGGCUUACACAGGCAGCCCAAUUCUGAUAUUUUUCCUGAUUAUUGGCAAAAGAAAAUAAAUGAUUUGUCAAAAGACCAAUUAGUGAAUAAAAGUUCAGAAUUGUGCUGCCUGUGUAAACGCAGCCUAUGAACUCAGUACAAGAAGUAGAUCAGGGGCCGUAUGUAUCAAGCAUCUCAGAGUAAGAGUGAUGAUCUAGGAUCGGUUUUCCCUUUUAGAUCAUAAGUAAUAAAAAUACACUAUGGACAGGGAGGACCUGAUCCUAGAUCAGCACUCAACUCUAUACACUACUUUGAGACUGACAUUUUCUGAUAAACUACCACACUGACUCAGUACAAUAAAUAAUUCCUCCCCAAUACAUAGCUAACGAAGGAUUGGGACUGAUAAAUACAUGACCACAUCUCUUUAGCAAAUUAUUUUCUUGACCCACAAAUUCAAAAUAUUUUCUAAAUCUAGGACCAGAUGAACAGGAAAAAUACCUACAUAAACUGCAGUAGCUGUAUUUUACAUCAAUACCGGAUAACAAUAUGAGCAAAUGGUUUGCGUUUGGUCCUGGACAGAGAUAACUGUGAUAGUCCGCUAAAGGGUUUGUGGGGUUCAUCUCUAAACUGACGAUUUUUAGGACAUAGUCUACUGUUGACAGACUCCACACACUGUUGAUUUUGGCAUGGGAUGCUGUGUUUGUUGUGACAGACAGGGGAGAACAGAAUGUCACCAAAUUAGUUUUUCUCUGUCCUGAUCAUUCCAACAGUACUGGUGCCUGUUAUAAAAGCUAGGUUUAUAAACACUAAAGAUAUAGAUUUUUAGAUAGAGGGAAGCCUUCAUUGUGCAUUCAUACUGUACUAGCAUACUGAUCAAAGUGCUUUAUUGUAUGCCCAUUAUUUUCUUCUCUCUUAACUGCCACUAAUCCUCCUUUCCCUCGUUCCCUCUCUCCCAGCCGGCCGCCUCCUGCGGCGCACGUGUGCGCGUCACUGCAGAGUUCACCCAGGUUGUGUCCCUGAACUGUGGCCAGGACAGCUCCAGCUCCGAGUCCAGUAGUGAAGAGGUGAGAGAGAGAGGGAGGGACAGAGAGAGGGGGGAUGCCCAAUAGAUGAAGAGAAUAUAAGGGUGUUUUCACCUUAUUCCUCUUUAAAAUAACCGAUCUCAGUCCUCUUUAAAGUGAGCUCUGGGGUGAAAAAAAGAAAAAUAACACUGCCCUUGGAUUUGAAUGAGGACUUAGCUCUCUUGCCAGUUCACUUUAACAUGUAUGUGGUCUGAGUCCUCUUUGCAUUCACAUUGCUAUGCUUAGAAAAUAACCAAGAUUUCUUUCCAACAUUUACUCAAUGCACUCUGGGUAAAUAUAAAGUGCACGACAAGCCAUACAUACCAUCAGAACCUGUUAUCGGACAGCCAGGGAUGUCCCUACAUACAUUUUGGAAGCUAAUAAUGUAGUUUGCAUUUAGUUACAAAAUAAGACAUACUAAUUAUAAUCAAAAUAUAAUAUUUACAUGUAAAAAUUACUGGUAACAGGAUAAAUGGCAGAACAAUCAUUGCAGAUUAAAUAAUGCUUUAAUUGAAAAUGUUAUACUUAAAAUUGUAACGCUAACCUGCACAUCAUCUUUUUUAGUUUGUGGCACUAAUGUGAGGGGCUAUGGCAGGGGAAACGGUUUUGCAGGAGCUUGUAGUGCAUGGUGGGGAAGUAAUGAUAAGUGAACCUGGAGAGCUUUGUGUUCACAUUGCACAAGAAAAGUGAGCCACCUCUCGAGAUGGUCUCAGUUCGGUUUGCUUCGGGGGCUCUUCUGAGGGUUCUGAGUUCCUUUGAAGCAUUCACACUGCACAAAAAUGUAAGCGAAACCGGACUGAGUUCCCAAAAAUUGUCUUAAAGGGACCAAGUGUGAAAACACCCUAAGAGAUGCCCAAUCCCAAAAUCAACCCCAUUUUAGGGCCUUUAUCUUUAAGGAUUUGAUACGUACAAGUGACAUGACAAAAAUUCCACCUAGCCUAUAAGAGGGCAAGGUUUAGUUAAUACCAUUCAUCUGAUACCUAUCCAAUCCUUUCAGAUGGACAUUGAGUGCCUAGAGGUAGGGGCUAGGGUUCAGUUUGGGAUUGAUCAUCAAAACCCCCGUUUAUACCUGGUUAUAACUUGCGUCAUUUGUCCUGAUCAUGUCCACAUUGUGAUUGUGCCCACACUUUUAGACAGGCGUAGACAAUCAAGACACAUUGUGAUCUGCUUGUGAUCAGAUCAUCCUGCCCACCUCCGGAGGUAGUCAGACACACUUUGUGUAUGGAUAUCUUACAAGUGUAGACAGAUCUUGACAGAGAAACCAUUUAAAGGGUGGAAUAAUGAUGACUUAAAGUCAUUGAUUGUGUGCACAAUCAGAAUGUAGACAAGAUCAGGACAAAGGAUCCAUGUUAGCACCAGGUAUAAACAGAGCUGAAGUGUCCGGCUGGGCCGUACAGAAAAAUAACUAAAUCCAGAUUCUCUAUCAACAGAACUUCACGAGGAAGAGGCAGCAGUUGAAUGUGCAACCAUUCGGGAACAGGGGUAAGCAAACCUAGCCUGUUCCCAAAUCUGUUCUUGCGGUCUUUCAAUCUCCUUUGGUCAGUUGGCAAGACGGCGCAAACAGAUCUAGGAACCAGGCUAAAGCAAACCUGCUUCAGGUGACACCAAUGUAUAGAACACAAAAAAUAAUCAUUGUGAUAACCAAAAUAAUUUCCUGCUGCAGGCCCUGCCCCAACUGGCUUCUCUGAGGCCCCUCUCUUUACCAGCCACUCUUUCCCCAGACAGGAAGUGGAGCCUCAGCUGAUCCCAAGGGGCGACAGCAUCAGCAACCACCUGGAGUGACUCGGCAAGACACACAAAGAAUACACUAUUCAGUGAUGUGAAACAUUCGGAGUGUUGCAGAUAUAAUUGUACUGUAUAGAGCUGACACAAUUCCCUAUUCUAUCUGACAGACAACUGUGUCUGUUCUACACAAUACAUUUAUAUCUGAACAUUCUGUAACGUGAUCCUCCUGAUCAGGCCCCUGGGGACUCUCUCUGUACCAUCAGGCCCUGACAGUACUUGUAGGAGAGCAGGGAGCUUAGGAAGUUCUGAUGGUAGCGCUGGAACAUUAUAAGAGAACAUUUCCAAUUAAAUUGAUUACUCGUCUGAA